CAAGCAUGUACUCAGGCUCCAUGUCUCUCCUGGGCUACCUUGGGGAUUGCGGUAGUACAUGCCACAGAACUCAUUGUUACAUCCCAGUGAGUCCUUCUGUUGCUCUUUGCUCUAGUGGUAUAAGCCCAAACUUUGGUCUCUGUUUACCCAGUAGCUACCAAGGAAACCUCUGGCUCUUGGAUAAUUGCCAAGAAAUCUAUGGUGAGGCACCAAGCUGUGAAUCUUCCAGCUCUGAGCUCAAGACCAGCUGCACAAGUUAUGACCCAUCACACUCCCGUGUGCCCUGCAGCAGUCCAACAGUGGGCAAAGUAUGCAGUGCUUGUGCAUCUACCAACAUUGGACCCAGCGCCCGCUGCAGCCUUUACAACCAGACCAAGGGGUAUGUAUCCAACUGCUACACCCACAGCCGGUGUGCAUCUAAAUCCUGCCAGACCCUCAGCAAUGGUUUCAAAGGCUUUCGGCAACUCAACUGCUUAUCCAAGAAUUUCCAACCCCUAAACCACUGCAGACUGGGUAGGCAGGGGUAUAGAAGCUACCAAAAUCUUGGCUUCAUACCCAGUAGCUUCUCACCAUCAUGUUAUAUGACCAGAAGCUGCCAAUCCCAAAACUAUUUAAGGAGAAAUUGCCAAUAUCCAAGCUAUGGGUCCAUGGGCUGCCAACCACAGAGCUAUUUUUCUAAAAACUUCCAGUCUCUGAGCUGUAUUCCAAGUACCUUCCCUCCUUUGAGGUAUUUAUGCAGUGGAUGCAGAACUCUGAAUUGCUAGUGAUGAACUUAUUGUAUUUGUUGCUGCUGGAAAUUUUCCAAUGGGGAAGAUUCUACCAAGUAAUCACUUUCUCUAAUAUUCUGCUGAAUUGCUACAUACAUCUUAAGAAUCUUGUUACAUUGACCUCAGAUAUAACUCCAAGACUUAUUUACUACAACCAUAUUACUUGCUAGCUUUUUUUUCUGUUGCUCUGUUAAUGCCCUUUGUGUUGAAGGCUGAUCUUGAAGGUACUCUUACUGUUUCUGAGAUUGACUACGAUGGACACAUUGAAGAGAUUCCAUAUGAAAUACAACCAUUGCCAGAUUUAUUUUGGCUGUCACUGUAACUUGUCUGCCAGUGUGAAUAUCCCCUACCUUUCUUGAUGAAGUGGAGUCUCCUUGGUUUGACUGAUGACUUAAGAUAAUGAUUCUUCCACAUCAUUUGCUUUCUUUCAAAAUUUUGUUGACUGCUUUAUUAGCAUCUUGCUAACAAGCUAAGAGACAAUAUUAUCUUAAAUAGGAGCGAUUUCAUCCUUCGUCUACUGACUGAUUAGAAGUAUACACAAGCAGCAAGGUCCAACUAGAGUUCAAUUUCAGAAGAACUUCAGCAAACUUCUCUUCCAAAGAUCAUAAAACAAGACUGGCUGGCACUUGGAUUUUGUUCUCAAUGUCUAGGAUUGACCUCUAGAAGCAGCAGAGCAAAAAAUUAUUUGUUGAAAGAAUGACAAAAUACUCUUCUAGACUCUUCAUUAUUACUGAUAAUCUAUGUUCGUGAUUCUGCUAUAAUUCUCUCUUGUUGAAGUAUUUCUUUCUGAUUCUAGGACAGAUCCUGGCUCAUUCUCAAUAAACGAGC